AACUGUCAACAAAAAGAAAAGAGAUAGAAAAAAUGUCAACAAAAUAUGAAAAAUGUUUCAGUAAAUUCUAAAAAUCAUUGAAUUGUUACUAAAAUAUCGUAAAAUAUGGUAUGAAAUUUGCGUCUAAGUAAUAUUAAAAUCAUAUUGUACUAGAACAAAGUGAAGUUUCGUGACAAAAGUGCAGUGCACGGUAUUCCAAAUGGAAUCAAUAUUCUUGAGCCACCCUCAGCAGCAACAACAGCAGCAGCAGUCUUAUCAAAAUGACGAGGAUCCGGACGUUUUGGCCGAGGACAACACCCGACCCUCGCUGCCGGAAGACUUUCCCAACUUUCGGGAUUUCCAGAUCGAGAAAAUGGUACUCUACUUCCGGGUGGUAACGGACGGUUCCGAACAGCGGCUUCGGCUCGGGUUCAAGUGCAAACUGUGCGGAGAGGUUUUUAACAAGACCAUGCAACUGUUGGGGCAUAUUCGGAAACAUUUUGAGGAGAACCAUAUUUGUAAGGACUGUGGAAAGUACUUUUUCGAUACGAACAAGCUGCUUAUUCAUAAGAGAGCAAAACAUACGCAACCCCUGAAAUGCCAGUUAGGAUGCUUGAGUUAUACGACAUCCAACAUCAAAUGCCUACAGACGCACUAUCUGCGCCAUCAUUGUAUAAAAAUACGGCCAAAGGAUAUGAAAAAGAUGGAAGAAACUCUGAUCCCACAAAGUCGACCUACCGGUAGUGAAAUUAAAACAAAAUCCCAACGUGAGGCAAUUGCAGAUCAGCAGCGAUCACUUCCUGAAGUUCAGCAAGUUCAGCAAUCGAAACCGGGGAUCGAAGACGACGAGGCUGAUGAAGUGGACGACCAGGAUGUAGAUCAAGAUGAGGAUGAAUUCGACGAGCCGGAAGACUAUGGCCAAACCGUAGAAUGUUGCGUUUGUGACGUGUACAUCCCAACGGAAGAGGACCUGAAGGUUCACGAGCAAACUCACAGUAGUCCCUACACCUGCAAAAUCUGUUUCACGGUCUAUGAGCAGCUUGCGGAUGCUCGAAGUCACUACGAUGCACAUGAGAAAACGCAAGUGAUGCAGAACCCAGUGCAACUGCAAACGGUAACCCUUACACCGGCAGUUAGCCUUCAACAGCAGCCGCAGCCAGCAUCCAUUCCCAUAGUGACCUCUUCGGGUCAACACCAAGCCCCCAAUAUGACCACCAUGUUGAUCAUGCACAACGGCACGCCCAUGUUGGUACCGGUCCAGACGUUCGACAGUAGUCAGCUAGUCCAGGCCUUUCCUUCGCACACAAUACCGACACAAAUUACCGCCCAACCCGCGACAGGACCGACCACCAUCACUCCGAUAACGACCGCAUGGCCCAUCAACCACCUGCUUCCGGUGAACAACCAAAUCGAAAUCAUUCCAAUUCACCCAGCACAAAAUAUGGCAGCGGGAGGACCAACCCUCAAUCAAAUCCCAAUCCAGAACAUCAUCAACGUCAAGCAAGACCAUCCCCAGGCCGCAGGUGGUCCAGGAAUCGUCAUAACUCCGGUGACGACCUUAGACCAGCAGCACUACUUGAGGCAACAGCAAGCGCUGCAAGCACAAUUGCAGUUACAACAGCAGCAGCAACAACUGCAGUUACGCCAACAGCAGCAACUUCAGCAACAGCAACAACAGUAUCAGCCUCAAACGUAGGCUCUUUCUGGUAAGGUACUCUGUUACUGGAUAAGUAUUUAAGGAAUGGUGAACCCACACCACCAUCGUUUGCAGCUCCAAACGCAAAUGGUGGGAUCCACUUUGUGGAACAAAUGGGAUAAAGUAUCAAAUUGACGUCGUCGUUUUAGAACGCUUUUCGAAACACUAAGUUAUUCUUUUUCUUUAUGUUUUAUAGUUUAUUACUGUCGCAUUAUUUAGUUUCCAUUUUAAGACUACUACAUUCGUUCACAUCACGUCACGGUGGAUAACAAAAAUAUAUUUUUUUUUUCGAAUGGUCGAAAAA